AUGGAAAUGCAAUUAGUGAAAAGACAAAGUAAGAGUGGUAGUACUAUAUGUAAGUUAGUACUCGGAGGUUUACAACCAGCCGGGAAAUUAUUAUGUUGUGAAGAUAAUAAUCCCUGCUUGGCCAACCCCUCCAUGUGUACCUCUACUAAAAAAAUGGCUCAUUGUUGGUUUAUUAGUCAAUUAGAUGCUUGUAAUCGAAAUGAUACUUUGGCUCAGACAGUCUGCCAAUAUCAAAGUGGUAUCUAUUGUCUCAAGGGAGUAACCGACCUACCAUACGAUACUAGCAAGCUAAGCGGUUGGAAUGUGAUAGAAAUUAUCUUAGGUCGCAAUAUCAUAGCUUCUUCAAUUAAUGGUUAUAAUUAUUCACUACCACCACCACCACCACCACCACCAUUACAACCAUCCCCACCACCACCACCACCACCACCACCACCAAAAGGCCCAGCACCCGGAGAUCCUCCAGCCGGCGGAGGUCCUCCAGUACCCGGAGCUCCUCCACCCGCAGCUUCUCCAGCACCCGCAGCUCCUUCACCAAAAGGGCCGGCUGAUCCGCCUACCGAACUUAAAAAUCCCAAAUUUAUAGUCUGUUCAGAUUCCAUGGCGUCGGGGUUCUGCCAAAUUAAAGAUGAUUCUGGAUACAAAUCUUUUAAAUACGAUGUGGAGAUAUGUGAUGAAUCAAUUGACAUUAUAAAUUCUCCUCCCGAAGUAUCCUAUCCUGUUGUUACAGUUACGGUUACAGCAACGCCUAUUUCUAAUUUAUCUAACCAUUUAGAUGUGGGAGAAUUACAUUUUCUACUACUUGUAGUAUCUCUAGUCACUAGUUUAGGAAGCAUAAUCGGCUGGAGAAAAUUCGGAAUAUGAUUCUUUUUUGUGCAUCAUAUACUAUAUUAUCUAGU